GAAAAAUGUCAAAUAGCCGCGCAUGCGCAUUAUCACGCAAUGAGAUGAUAAUGCAAGUGCAAAAAAUUUUUACUCCAGUUUUAUAAUUUCAAUUUCAUAUACAAAUAUAAUAUAAUAGAAAUCAACUUGCAGAAUGGGAGUACCGGUGAAAAGUGUUGAAGCCAUGGACGUCGAAUUGACAGUGGACGCGGUUAAUGGAGAGGGUGACGUUGUCGAGAAGAAGGACAAUGAUUUGUUAAUUAUUCAAGAUCUACGGGAGCACAUUCGUCAAAUUGAGCGCGCCGUACAAAAUAAGGAGCCGCGUUUUAUUCUCCGCGCUCUACGAGCAUUGCCCAAUACGCGUCACAAACUAAAUCCAGUCGUUCUUCGCGGUAUUGUCGGCGGCUUUUUCACCCGUUCAACCACAGAACGUGACGCACUACUCGCAUGGAUCGAGGAGCCAAUGGACACAGAGGGCACACAGGCAGCUAUUCAAAGAUUUCGCAGUUCAGCUCUGCCGCUACUUCCCGAAAUCGAUGCCUACAUUCAUCUUCUCAUUCUCGUGAAACUCAUCGAUACCCGCAAAUACAAUGAAGCCGUCCAGUGUUCCGAGACUUUGGUGCAAAAAAUCGUUGUGCAAAAUCGACGUUCAAUGGACUUGAUCGCUGCAAAAUGCUAUUUUUAUCAUUCGCGCGCUUACGAAUUAACAAAUCAGUUGGACAAGAUUCGUAGUUUUCUUCAUUUACGUUUGCGUACGGCAACAUUGAGGAAUGAUUUCGAGGGCCAGGCGGUGUUGAUCAAUUGCCUGCUGAGGAAUUAUCUUCACUAUAAUCUCUACGAUCAGGCGGAUAAACUCGUGUUGAAGUCAACGUUCCCGGAGUCGGCGAGUAACAACGAAUGGGCCCGCUUUCUCUACUAUCUGGGAAGGAUCAAGUCGGCGCGACUCGAGUAUUCAGCGGCGCACAAGUACCUCGUCCAGGCAAUGCGCAAGGCCCCGCAAACAACGGCCGUCGGUUUUCGUCAAACCGUACAAAAACUCGCUGUCACUGUGGAACUUCUAUUGGGAGACAUUCCCGAGAGGCAGAUCUUCCGUCAGGCCGCAUUGCGACGCGCUUUAGCGCCUUACUUCCAAUUGACGCAAGCCGUUCGUCUCGGGAAUCUUCAGCGCUUCGGCGAAGUCCUCGAGAACUUUGGACCGCAAUUUCGCGCCGAUCAUACAUUCACUCUGAUCCUACGACUGAGACACAAUGUCAUCAAGACCGCUAUUCGCUCAAUUGGCCUCUCGUACUCGAGAAUUUCGCCGGCGGACAUUGCGCAAAAAUUGGGCCUCGACUCGGGCGUUGACGCGGAGUUUAUUGUCGCCAAAGCGAUCAGAGAUGGAGUAAUUGAGGCGACACUCGAUCCAGAGAAUGGCUACAUGCGCAGCAAGGAGACAACGGACAUUUAUUGCACCCGCGAGCCGCUCCUUGCAUUCCAUCAGAGAAUCACCUUCUGUCUCGAUCUACAUAAUCAGAGUGUUAAGGCCAUGAGGUAUCCGCCAAAAUCUUAUGGCAAGGAUCUCGAAUCUGCCGAGGAACGUCGGGAACGGGAGCAACAGGAUCUUGAACUCGCCAAGGAAAUGGCUGAAGAGGAUGACGAUGGUUUUCCUUGAACAGUAAUUUUUUAACGCUGUACUCUUUUUUCAUUUCUGUAAUACUUUGCAAUAAUUUUAAAAAUAAUAAUAAUAAUCUGUUUCAAAUUU